ACUGCAUCCCGGGCAAAGCAGAUCACCAGGCAAAGAUGAAGCGAGCACCACUUGGCCAGGUUCCGCAGCGCUUCCAGCCUGCGCUACCCAGAGUGUGAGCCCUACUUCGCAAAGGAAGCCUGGAGUGCUGCGGAAAGCACCCUGGCCUUCAGACUGGAGUGGUGAUGCAGAAGGAAGGUGGAGGGUCCUGACACCCGGGUUGGAGUCUGGUCCAACCUAAAGCGAAACUCGGGGGAACCCAGAUGUGACCCAGCUCCAGGAAGUGGGCGGAAAGAGCUUUUCUUGGCCAGAGACUCCCCACUGUGCUCUGUCUGACCAGCCUUCGAAGGAACCACUCACCCAGUAGCUGAGAGAGGUCAAGCUCGGACCAGAACCUCGGAGGGACUUGACAACCGAGUCUCUGGGGAACCUUUCCUUGAUUGCCUCUCGGGAUGAAGAAACCCCAGAUCCCGGAAUAAUAGUUCCUCACUUGAUGGAAGGUCCAGCUCCCUAGGCUCUUUCUCCAGUGGAACAUGCAAAGCACCUCCAGGUUCAUCGGGCUAAGGAAGUGGAAAUUAGCCAGCAAAGAAGUCCAGGAGUUUCUCAAUCCAGUAACAGAACAUCAAGCAUCCAUCCAAGAGGUCAUAUGGAGGAUGCUAAACACCAAACAAAGGAGCACUUCUGGAUGUGGAUGUUGGGAAAUUACAUUAUAAAUUGAAUGUCAUUUAACUUGACAGGCUCCAGUGGGACUGCCAAGACAGAGGAAUGGACAGUAGAUUCCUAGAUUUACCUCUGUCCGUAGGAUAUCCACCUAACAAGCUCUCCUGUGUGGUGGGUAUCUCUCUGUGGAGAUACAGAGAGGGAUACAGAAGGGGCCAGCCAGACUCUGGAAGGGCUCAUACUGGAACUGGAAAAUGGAAAUCAUCAGCAAAUUCUAAGAUGCCAAGGUAACUUUACUAGCACUCUUGUGGGACCUGGGUUCAACUCCUAACUGUGAUUUAUUACCUGUAGACUUUGGGCAAGUCACAUCUGGACCUGUUUCCUCAUUUUUAAAUUAGAGGAUUGCAUAGAUGACCUUGAAAGUUACUUGCAGCUCUAGUCCUUUGAUUUUGUGACUUGGGUUGUAAAUUAUAAAUACCUAUCCAAGAAUUUAGUGCCAAUUGUUACUGGAAUAUAGACAUCCAUGUAAGGGUGAAGAGAUUGCAACAGAAGCUCUGGAUCAGCUUGGUGAGUAAUUUACAAAGAACUGAUGGAUGAGUAACCCUUGCAUGGGGAAGGAACAAAAAACACACUGAAACACACAAUAGAUUUCCCCCUACGAGACAUAAUGCCCUUGAAUGACACAACUAUGGACAGAGGAGGGCUGGUAGUGGAAAGGGACUUCUCCUUCAGAAUCCUUACUGCCUGCUUCCUCUCACUGUUGAUCUUGUCUACACUUUUGGGAAACACAUUGGUAUGUGCAGCUGUCAUCAGGUUCCGCCACCUAAGGUCCAAGGUGACCAAUUUCUUUGUCAUCUCCUUGGCUGUUUCUGACCUCUUAGUGGCUGUCUUGGUCAUGCCCUGGAAAGCUGUUUCAGAGAUUGUGGGGUUUUGGCCGUUUGGCUCCUUUUGCAAUAUCUGGGUGACAUUUGAUAUCAUGUGUUCCACAGCCUCCAUUCUAAACCUCUGUGUCAUCAGUGUUGAUAGAUACUGGGCUAUCUCCAGUCCCUUUCGCUAUGAGAGAAAGAUGACCCCCAAGGCAGCCUUCAUCUUGAUCAGUGUUGCUUGGACUUUGUCUGUGUUGAUUUCCUUCCUUCCAGUGCAGCUGAAUUGGCACAAGUACAGAGCCCUGAGCUCACCAGAUGGGAAUGUUAGUUCCCAAGGUGAGACAAUGGACAACUGUGACACUCGCCUGAACAGGACAUAUGCCAUCUCUUCUUCUCUCAUUAGCUUUUACAUUCCCGUGGCCAUCAUGAUAGUCACAUACACAAGGAUCUACAGGAUUGCACAGAAGCAAAUACGACGAAUCUCAGCUUUGGAGAGAGCAGCUGUCCAUGCCAAGAACUGCCAGAACACAACAGGGAAUGGGACUAAGGUAGAGUGUUCCCAAUCAGAAAGUUCCUUCAAGAUGUCCUUCAAGAGGGAAACCAAAGUUUUAAAGACUCUGUCAGUGAUCAUGGGAGUGUUUGUGUGCUGCUGGCUCCCUUUUUUCUUAUUCAAUUGCAUGGUCCCCUUCUGUGAAUCUGAUUUACCUUCUGGGGAAACAAAGCCCUUCUGUAUUGAUUCUAUUACCUUUGAUGUUUUUGUGUGGUUUGGAUGGGCAAAUUCCUCGCUGAACCCCAUCAUUUAUGCCUUCAAUGCUGACUUCCGCAAGGCAUUUUCGACUCUCUUAGGAUGCUACAGGCUCUGUCCCACUGCUAAUAAUGCGAUAGAGACAGUUAGCAUCAACAAUAAUGGGGCCGUGUUUUCAAGCCAUCAUGAGCCCAGAGGGUCCAUUUCCAAGGAGUGCAAUCUGGUUUACCUGAUUCCACAAGCUGUUACCUCCCCACGAGACUCAAAGAAGGAAGAAGGUGGAGGAUCAAAACCAUUGGAGAAAACCUCUCCAGCUUUAUCUGUCAUUUUGGAUUAUGAAGUUGAUGUAUCUUUGGAAAAGAUUAGCCCCAUCACACAGAAUGGACAACACAAGACCUGAACCGUAAGAUGAAUCCUGUAAAAUAUGCUAUUCAAAAACACAAACCUUACAAGAUUCCCUUUUGUUUGUUGUUGUUGAGAAACUAAGCUACGGUGAGAUUUCAUGCUCAUCACAAAAGAGCUGACUGCUGCUUCUACUCAGCAUACAACUUUGUUUUAAAACCCAGCCCAGUGUACUUUUGAUUUGUAGGUAUUUCUGUAUUGCUCAUACUGAAUGAAACAGAGACUCAGCUAAAAGGUAGAAGACCAGGAACAUCUCAUCAAUUCUAUAGCUAUUUAUAGAAACUAGUUUCUAUCUUAGUGACUGAAAAUAGGACAAGAAAUCAAGAAUUAACAGUUACACUUAAAAAAAAUCACCACUCCCAGAAAGAAACAAGAACAUUGAGUUUGCCAUGUAUAAAUAGGUGCUAACAUGUUUCAAAUCAAGUUUUUAGACUGUAAAGUUAGGUAAAUGCCUUUGUAAAUUAUUUCUGGGAAAAAAAAUGAGCCUUAUAGUAAGAAUGAGUAUUUUUAAGUUUGGGAGAUGCUUUGUUAAUACUGGUUUUAUUUAUUUAUUGUUUUAAAUGCUAUGUUUUAAUAUGUUACAGCAAAUUUCUUUAUCUUAUUUAAAAAUAUUGUCUUCUGGGAGAUCUCUGAGACCUCAUGAUUACAAUUUUUUUGAUCGUUUGACAGGUCAGCAUUUUAGUGUCAGUUGGUAAUGAAACUGUUGAGAAAAACACACAUAGUUGGAGUAAAUUUGCUUGUGUAUACCUCAAAAUUACAACAAAAGCUAAGAGGGAAUAAUGUUGAGCUCUGACAUUUCUUCUGAAUUCAUCAGAGAUCAAUACAGGAUCAGAGCUGACAAGGAAAAAAAAAUGACUGCAACUUUUUUUUCUAAUAAGGAUUUAAAACCACAAUGGAUUGCUGCUAUUCUUUUCAUUAUUUUCCCAUUACAAAGAAGUCUUCUCAAGAAAAUAGUCAGCAGCUUUGUAAAUAACUUCCACAGGAAAACCAACUGAAGAGGAAUCAUGCUUCCAAGUUGAGAUCUUAGCCCCUGGCAACCAGAAGCAUCAGAUGCUUUGUAUUUAUGUAAAAUAAUUGGCUUCUCAGUCUUUUCUUAUUUCAAGUGUUGGUUAUCUUUUUUUUUUCCUUCCU